UUAAUAGUAUUCUUCUACAAAUGAUAUCUGCUGUCUCCUUCAUUACCGCUGCGCCCACCGAUUAAACCACCAUAACCACAACCUCUACCUUUCUAUUUAUAUAUCUUCAUUUUUCCUCUCUAAUCCUCUCACUUCCUCUCGUUUCAUCCUGUUAAACUUCUUCCAUGGCCUCCGUCUUCGCUAACGUCGUUCAAGCUCCCGAAGAUCCGAUCCUAGGGGUGACUGUUGCUUAUAACAAGGAUCCUAGUCCAGUAAAGCUUAAUUUAGGAGUUGGCGCUUAUCGAACUGAGGAAGGAAAACCUGUUGUGCUAAAUGUUGUUAGAAAAGCUGAGCAGAGCUUGGUAAAUGAUCCGUCCCGUGUGAAGGAGUAUCUGCCAAUUCUUGGAGUGUCUGACUUCAAUAAGUUGUCUGCAAAGCUCAUUCUUGGUGCUGACAGCCCUGCCAUAUUAGAAAACAGGAUUGCUACUGCCCAGUGUUUAUCUGGUACAGGGUCACUCAGGGUUGGGACUGAAUUUCUUGCAAGGCAUUACCACCAACGCAUAAUAUAUAUUCCACAGCCAACAUGGGGAAAUCAUCCUAAAGUGUUCACAUUAGGAGGGUUAAAUGUGAAGAAUUACCGAUACUAUGAUCCGGCAACACGAGGCCUAGACUUACAAGGUCUUUUGGAAGAUCUUAAUGCUGCUGAAUCAGGAGCAAUAGUGCUUUUCCAUGCUUGUGCUCAUAAUCCAACUGGUGUUGAUCCAACCCCAGAACAAUGGGAACAAAUAAGACAGUUAGUGCGAUCAAAGGAGAUGUUACCUUUCUUUGACAGUGCUUAUCAGGGCUUUGCGAGUGGCAGCCUUGAUGAAGAUGCGCAGUCUGUUCGUAAGUUUGUCGCAGAUGGAGGUGAAUGUUUCAUAGCUCAAAGUUAUGCAAAAAAUAUGGGUCUUUACGGGGAACGUGUUGGUGCUUUAAGCAUUGUUUGCAAGACAGCUGACGUGGCAAGCAGGGUUGAAAGCCAGCUGAAGCUUGUGGUCAGACCUAUGUUCUCCAGCCCCCCACUCCAUGGAGCAUCAAUUGUAGCUAGUAUCCUCAAAGAUAAGGAUUUGUAUGAUGAAUGGACUGUUGAACUGAAGGGAAUGGCAGACCGAAUUAUCAGCAUGCGCCAGCAACUCUUUGAUUCAUUAACUGCUAGAGGUACUCCUGGAGACUGGAGUCACAUUAUCAAGCAAAUUGGAAUGUUCACUUUCACUGGCUUGAAUGCUGAACAAGUCAAAUUCAUGACCAAAGAGUACCACAUCUACAUGACAUCUGAUGGGAGGAUUAGCAUGGCUGGUUUGAGUUCUCGGACUGUUCCUUAUCUUGCAGAUGCUAUUCAUGCUGCUGUUGCUCAGGUCGCCUAAAUCAAGACUCAAAUUACAAAGAACAUGGCCGAUGAGUUCAAUUUUUCUGUCGGUGAAGUUUCACUAUGCUUAAUUUGCUAGAUUCUAGUAAAGCCUUUCCUGUUUUUUGGACAAUACAUGUACAAUUAUUAUCUUGAAGUCACAUUUGAUUUUUACUGAGUUUGAAGUUUAUAAAUUUAA